AGCAAUUUAAACCCCCAAACUUCCUUUUCUCAAACAACAAGCGCAGAUUAUUACACAAGAAAGCCCAAAAUGGGAAGAAGAAGCAAACUAAACCUCACCUCCCUCUCCUUCCUCAAACCCAGCGGAGACUAUCAAGACACAAGAUCUCCAUCCUCCUCCUCCUCCUCUUCCUCCUCCUCAUGGGCCUGGCCCAUCUGCGCCCAACAACCCAGAACCCACUCCUUCCGCUCAUGCGCAGCCCACACCUCCUACUCAACCGACUCCGUCGUCGACCCAUCAGACGACGACACGGUCGAGUCAGACGAGGCCAUAAUUCGCGGCCUGGUUCGACCCGACCGACUCCUGCUCGAGCCCAGAGGCCAAACCAGCUCGAUACUCGACGAGGCCUCGUCGACAAAUUAUGAUCAUAAAAGCUUGCGGAGGACCAAAAAUACAGCUACUGCGAUGGUGAUGGAGAUGGAGAGCAGAGAUCCGUACUGGGAUUUUCGGCGGUCGAUGGAGGAGAUGGUGGUUGUUAAUGGGAUGGUGAAGGAUUGGGAGGGGUUGGAGGAGAUGUUGGGUUGGUAUUUGAGAGCUAAUGGGAAGAGGAAUCAUGGGUUCGUUGUAGGAGCUUUUGUUGAUUUGUUGGUUGGACUUAGCUUUUGUUGAUUUUUCUGCAUGAGCGUUGCCUUCUCUAAAAGUGUGGAGGUGUUUGCAGCACCAAUUUUAUUCA